AUGGCAGCAACAGGUCUAACCGUGAAUGAUGAAAUCUACCCUCUUGCUUAUGGUGUGGUUUCAUUGGAGAAUGAAGCGAACUGGAAAUGGGUUUUGGAAAAUUUGAAGGAAUUCCUUUCUCCUUUGCGACCAAAGCUUACUUUUGUGAGUAAUCGAGGCAUUGGAUUGGUAACUCAAAUUCCCGUUGUUUUUCCCGAGGCUUUUCAUGGUUGGUGUUAUUGGCAUAUGGAAUGCAAUAUCAAUACAUUCUUACCAAAGAAUUGCAAGGUUUAUAACAAGUAUGUAUUGGGAUUGUUUAAGAAAUGCGUGUAUGCUUCUACUCAUAAAGAAUUUACAGAGAGUUGGGAUAAGUUAAGGAAGGUUGAAAAUCAGAAGUUACAAGACUAUCUAAGUAGAGCUCAUGUUGAUAAAUGGGCAAGUUUUUUCGUCAAGGGUAGACGAUAUGGUAGGUUGUGUUCAAAUAUUGCUGAGAGUUUUAAUGGUUCAGUCAUUGAAGAGAGAGAGAAGCCUAUAUCCAUCAUGGUUGAUGAGAUCAGGGUGAAGCUUAUGGACCAAAUGUGUAAACGUCGCGAGGACUCUUUAAACUUGAUGAAUUGGCGUCAAACUCUAUGUCCAGAAUAUGAAGCUCUGCUCCACGACAACAAGAUGCAUGGAUGUAACUACCGAGUCAACAAGUCGUCAGAAUAUGUGUUUGAUGUUCAUGCUUCAUUAACACAGACGGUCGACUUGAAAAGAAAAACAUGUUCUUGCAAUCGUUGGCGUAUUGACGGCGUCGCGUGUGCCCAUGCUGUCCGUUGUAUCAUGGCGAAUGGAGAAGAUCCUUACAAGUACGUUGAACACUACUUUACAGUAAAUUUUUAUCGAGAAUCAUAUAAACAUGCAAUCAAUUAUGUCCCCACAGUUGAUAAGCCUGCGACAGUGCCUCCAAAAUCAAUGGUUUUUGGUCCGAAUAAUGGACCACAGCCAGGACGUCCAUCGAAGAAGAAGAGGAUUCCUAAUACAGGUUCAGUUCCCAAUAAAAAGAUGAGAACCUGUGGUUCCUGCAAGGUUUUUACCAACCAUAAUAGACGGACAUGCCCUUCUCGUCAGAUUUCAUGA